GCGCCGCCGCAGCCAUGAGCGGCAGCAGUAGCAGCGGCGGCGGCGGUGCUGCCGCCGCCCCCGCCGCUUCCUCCGGCCCCGCCGCUGCGGCCAGCGCGGCGAGCUCGGGCUGCGGGGGCGGCGCCGGCGAGGGGGCCGAGGAGGCGGCCAAGGACCUGGCCGACAUCGCGGCCUUCUUCCGAUCCGGGUUUCGAAAAAACGAUGAAAUGAAAGCUAUGGAUGUUUUGCCAAUUUUAAAGGAAAAAGUUGCAUACCUUUCAGGUGGCAGAGACAAGCGCGGGGGUCCCAUCCUCACCUUCCCGGCCCGCAGCAACCAUGACAGAAUACGGCAGGAGGACCUCCGGAGGCUCAUCUCCUACCUGGCCUGUAUCCCCAGUGAAGAAGUCUGCAAGCGAGGGUUCACGGUGAUUGUGGACAUGCGCGGGUCCAAGUGGGACUCCAUCAAGCCGCUGCUGAAGAUCCUACAAGAAUCCUUCCCCUGCUGCAUCCACGUCGCGCUGAUAAUCAAGCCAGACAACUUUUGGCAGAAACAGAGGACUAAUUUUGGCAGUUCUAAGUUUGAAUUUGAGACAAAUAUGGUCUCUUUAGAAGGCCUUACCAAAGUAGUUGAUCCUUCUCAGCUAACGCCCGAGUUUGAUGGCUGCCUGGAGUACAACCACGAAGAAUGGAUUGAGAUCCGACUUGCUUUUGAAGACUAUAUUAGCAACGCGACCCACAUGCUCUCUCGGCUGGAGGAGCUCCAGGACAUCCUCGCCAAGAAGGAGUUGCCCCAGGAUUUGGAGGGGGCGCGGAACAUGAUCGAGGAGCAUUCCCAGCUGAAGAAGAAGGUGAUUAAGGCCCCCAUAGAGGACUUGGACCUAGAGGGACAGAAGCUGCUGCAGAGGAUUCAGAGCAGCGACAGCUUUCCCAAAAAGAACUCGGGCUCAGGCAACGCAGACCUGCAGAGCCUCUUACCCAAGGUGUCCGCCAUGCUGGACCGGCUGCACUCGACGCGGCAGCAUCUGCAUCAGAUGUGGCACGUGCGCAAGCUGAAGCUGGACCAGUGCUUUCAGCUGAGGCUGUUCGAGCAGGAUGCUGAGAAGAUGUUUGACUGGAUCACACACAACAAGGGCCUGUUUCUGAACAGCUACACCGAGAUUGGGACCAGCCACCCUCACGCCAUGGAGCUCCAGACCCAACACAACCACUUCGCCAUGAACUGCAUGAACGUGUACGUGAACAUCAACCGCAUCAUGUCGGUGGCCAGCCGCCUGGUGGAGUCGGGCCACUACGCCUCCCAGCAGAUCAAGCAGAUCGCCAGCCAGCUGGAGCAGGAGUGGAAGGCCUUCGCGGCCGCCCUGGAUGAGCGCAGCACCUUGCUGGACAUGUCGUCCGUCUUCCACCAGAAGGCCGAGAAGUAUAUGAGCAAUGUGGACUCGUGGUGCAAGGCCUGCGGCGAGGUGGACCUGCCCUCGGAGCUCCAGGAUCUGGAGGACGCCAUCCACCACCACCAGGGGGUGUACGAGCACGUCACUCUUGCUUACUCCGAGGUGAGCCAGGACGGGAAGUCCCUGCUCGACAAGCUGCAGCGGCCCCUGACUCCCGGCAGCUCCGACUCCCUCACGGCCUCGGCCAACUACUCGAAGGCCGUGCACCACGUCCUGGACGUCAUCCACGAGGUGCUGCACCACCAGCGGCAGCUGGAGAACAUCUGGCAGCACCGCAAGGUGCGGCUGCACCAGCGGCUGCAGCUCUGCGUCUUCCAGCAGGACGUCCAGCAGGUGCUGGACUGGAUCGAGAACCACGGAGAAGCAUUUCUGAGCAAACACACAGGUGUAGGGAAAUCGCUCCAUCGGGCCAGGGCUUUGCAGAAACGUCAUGAAGAUUUUGAAGAAGUAGCACAGAACACCUACACCAAUGCAGAUAAGUUACUCGAGGCGGCCGAGCAGCUGGCUCAGACCGGGGAAUGUGACCCGGAAGAGAUCUAUCAGGCUGCCCAUCAGCUCGAGGACCGGAUACAGGAUUUCGUGCGACGCGUCGAGCAGCGGAAGAUCCUCCUGGACAUGUCGGUGUCCUUUCACACCCACGUGAAAGAGCUGUGGACAUGGCUGGAGGAGCUGCAGAAGGAGCUGCUGGACGACGUGUACGCCGAGUCCGUGGAGGCCGUGCAGGACCUCAGCAAGCGCUUCGGCCAGCAGCAGCAGACCACCCUGCAGGUGACCGUGAACGUCAUCAAGGAAGGCGAAGACCUGAUCCAGCAGCUGAGAGACUCAGCCAUCUCUAGCAACAAGACGCCGCACAAUAGCUCCAUCAGCCACAUCGAGACGGUGCUGCAGCAGCUGGAUGAGGCCCAGGCGCAGAUGGAGGAGCUCUUCCAGGAGCGCAAGAUCAAGCUGGAGCUCUUCUUGCAGCUGCGAAUCUUCGAGCGGGACGCCAUCGACAUCAUCUCAGACCUGGAGUCUUGGAACGACGAGCUUUCUCAGCAGAUGAAUGACUUCGACACGGAGGACCUGACAAUCGCAGAGCAGCGCCUGCAGCACCACGCGGACAAGGCGCUGACCAUGAACAACCUGACCUUCGACGUCAUCCACCAGGGCCAGGACCUGCUGCAGUACGUCAACGAGGUGCAGGCCUCCGGCGUGGAGCUGCUUUGCGACCGAGAUGUGGACAUGGCCACGCGGGUCCAGGACCUGCUGGAGUUUCUGCACGAGAAGCAGCAGGAGCUGGACCUGGCGGCCGAGCAGCACCGGAAGCACCUGGAGCAGUGUGUGCAGCUGCGCCACCUGCAGGCCGAGGUCAAGCAGGUGCUGGGCUGGAUCCGCAACGGAGAGUCCAUGCUGAACGCCGGGCUCAUCACGGCCAGCUCGCUGCAGGAGGCGGAGCAGCUGCAGAGGGAGCACGAGCAGUUCCAGCACGCCAUCGAGAAGACACACCAGAGCGCCCUGCAGGUCCAGCAGAAGGCCGAGGCCAUGCUGCAGGCCAACCACUACGACAUGGACAUGAUCCGGGACUGCGCCGAGAAGGUGGCCUCUCACUGGCAGCAGCUCAUGCUCAAGAUGGAAGACCGGCUGAAGCUGGUGAACGCGUCCGUGGCCUUCUACAAGACCUCGGAGCAGGUCUGCAGCGUCCUGGAGAGCCUGGAGCAGGAGUACAAAAGGGAAGAGGACUGGUGCGGAGGGGCCGACAAACUAGGCCCCAACUCCGAGACAGACCACGUCACCCCCAUGAUCAGCAAGCACCUCGAACAGAAGGAAGCGUUCCUAAAGGCUUGCACGCUUGCCAGGAGGAAUGCGGACGUCUUCCUGAAGUACCUGCACAGGAACAGCGUGAACAUGCCCGGCAUGGUGACCCACAUCAAAGCCCCCGAGCAGCAAGUGAAAAACAUCUUGAACGAGCUCUUCCAGCGGGAGAACAGGGUGUUGCACUACUGGACCAUGAGAAAGCGGCGGCUGGAUCAGUGCCAGCAGUACGUGGUCUUCGAGCGAAGCGCCAAGCAGGCUCUGGAGUGGAUCCACGACAGUGGGGAGUUCUACCUCUCCACCCACACCUCCACGGGCUCAAGCAUCCAGCACACCCAGGAGCUGCUGAAGGAGCAUGAGGAGUUCCAGAUCACCGCCAAGCAAACCAAAGAGAGAGUGAAGCUAUUGAUACAGCUGGCCGACGGCUUUUGUGAAAAGGGGCAUGCCCAUGCGGCAGAGAUAAAAAAAUGUGUCACUGCUGUGGAUAAAAGGUACAGAGACUUCUCUCUGCGGAUGGAGAAAUACAGGACCUCUUUGGAGAAAGCUCUGGGGAUUUCUUCAGAUUCCAACAAAUCGAGCAAAAGUCUUCAACUGGAUAUCGUUCCGGCCAGUAUCCCCGGCUCAGAGGUGAAACUCCGAGAUGCCGCCCAUGAACUUAAUGAGGAAAAGCGGAAAUCUGCCCGCCGGAAAGAGUUCAUAAUGGCUGAGCUAAUUCAAACUGAAAAGGCUUACGUAAGAGACCUCCGGGAGUGUAUGGAUACCUACCUGUGGGAAAUGACCAGCGGCGUGGAGGAGAUCCCCCCAGGCAUUGUGAACAAAGAGCUCAUCAUCUUCGGGAACAUGCAGGAGAUCUACGAGUUUCACAAUAACAUAUUCCUAAAAGAGCUGGAAAAAUAUGAGCAGUUGCCAGAGGACGUGGGACAUUGCUUUGUAACCUGGGCAGACAAGUUUCAGAUGUAUGUCACGUAUUGCAAAAAUAAGCCUGAUUCUACUCAGCUGAUAUUAGAGCAUGCAGGAUCCUACUUUGAUGAAAUACAGCAGCGACAUGGAUUAGCCAAUUCCAUCUCCUCCUACCUUAUUAAACCGGUUCAGCGAAUAACAAAGUAUCAGCUCCUUUUAAAAGAGCUGCUCACGUGCUGUGAGGAGGGGAAGGGGGAGAUCAAGGACGGGCUGGAGGUGAUGCUCAGCGUGCCCAAGCGGGCCAACGAUGCCAUGCACCUCAGCAUGCUGGAAGGGUUCGAUGAGAACAUUGAGUCUCAGGGAGAGCUGAUCCUGCAGGAAUCCUUCCAAGUGUGGGACCCAAAAACCUUAAUCCGAAAGGGCCGUGAGCGGCACCUCUUCCUGUUUGAGAUGUCCUUGGUGUUUAGUAAAGAAGUAAAAGAUUCCAGUGGCAGAAGCAAGUACCUUUAUAAAAGCAAAUUGUUUACCUCAGAGCUGGGUGUCACAGAGCAUGUUGAAGGAGACCCUUGCAAAUUCGCGCUGUGGGUGGGGAGGACGCCAACUUCAGAUAAUAAGAUUGUCCUUAAGGCCUCCAGUAUCGAGAACAAGCAGGACUGGAUCAAGCAUAUCCGGGAGGUGAUCCAGGAAAGGACCGUCCACCUGAAAGGCGCCCUGAAGGAGCCCAUCCACAUCCCAAAAACAGCUCCAGCCACGAGACAGAAGGGAAGGAGGGAUGGAGAGGAUUUGGACAGCCAAGGAGACGGUAGCAGCCAGCCCGAUACGAUUUCAAUCGCCUCCCGGACGUCUCAGAACACUCUGGACAGCGACAAGCUGUCCGGCGGCUGCGAGCUGACCGUGGUGAUCCACGACUUCACGGCCUGCAAUAGCGCCGAGCUCACCAUCCGCCGCGGCCAGACGGUGGAAGUCUUGGAGCGGCCCCACGACAAGCCCGACUGGUGCCUGGUGCGGACCACCGACCGGUCGCCCGCGGCCGAGGGCCUGGUCCCCUGCGGUUCCCUGUGCAUCGCCCACUCCAGGAGCAGCAUGGAGAUGGAGGGCAUCUUCAACCACAAAGACUCGCUGUCCGUCUCCAGCAACGACGCCAGCCCGCCCGCCUCCGUGGCCUCCCUCCAGCCCCACAUGGUGGGGGCGCAGAGCUCGCCGGGCCCCAAGCGCCCGGGCAACACGCUGCGCAAGUGGCUGACGAGCCCGGUGCGGCGGCUGAGCAGCGGCAAGGCGGACGGGCACGUGAAGAAGCUGGCGCACAAGCACAAGAAAAGCCGCGAGGUCCGCAAGAGCGCCGACGCCGGCUCGCAGAAGGACUCGGACGACAGCGCGGCCACCCCGCAGGACGAGACCGUGGAAGAGAGAGGCCGGAACGAGGGCCUGAGCAGUGGCACGCUCUCCAAGUCCUCGUCCUCGGGCAUGCAGAGCUGCGGAGAGGAAGAAGGGGAGGAGGGGGCUGACGCCGUGCCCCUGCCGCCCCCCAUGGCCAUCCAGCAGCACAGCCUGCUCCAGCCGGACUCCCAGGACGACAAGGCCUCCUCUCGGUUAUUAGUCCGCCCCACCAGCUCCGAAACGCCGAGCGCAGCCGAGCUUGUCAGCGCAAUCGAGGAACUCGUGAAAAGCAAGAUGGCUCUGGAGGAUCGUCCCAGCUCGCUCCUCGUCGACCAGGGGGACAGCAGCAGCCCCUCCUUCAACCCUUCAGACAACUCCCUGCUGUCCUCCUCCUCGCCCAUCGAUGAGAUGGAAGAGAGGAAGUCCAGCUCUUUAAAGAGACGACACUACGUUUUACAGGAAUUAGUGGAGACAGAGCGUGACUAUGUGCGGGACCUUGGCUGUGUGGUGGAGGGCUACAUGGCACUUAUGAAAGAAGAUGGUGUUCCUGACGACAUGAAAGGCAAAGACAAGAUUGUGUUUGGCAACAUCCAUCAGAUUUACGACUGGCACAGAGACUUUUUUUUAGGAGAGUUGGAGAAGUGCCUUGAAGAUCCGGAAAAACUAGGAUCCCUUUUUGUUAAACAUGAGAGAAGGUUGCACAUGUACAUAGUUUAUUGUCAAAAUAAACCAAAGUCUGAACACAUUGUCUCAGAAUAUAUUGACACCUUUUUUGAGGACUUAAAGCAGCGCCUGGGCCACAGGCUGCAGCUCACGGACUUGCUGAUCAAACCAGUGCAGAGGAUCACGAAGUACCAGCUGCUGCUGAAGGACUUCCUCAAGUAUUCCAAAAAAGCCAGCCUGGAUACAUCAGAACUAGAGAGAGCCGUGGAGGUCAUGUGCGUCGUCCCGAAGCGCUGCAACGACAUGAUGAACGUCGGGAGGCUACAAGGCUUCGACGGUAAGAUCGUGGCCCAGGGCAAGCUGCUCCUGCAGGACACGUUCUUGGUCACGGACCAGGACACGGGGCUGCUGCCUCGCUGCAAAGAGAGGCGGGUGUUCCUCUUCGAGCAGAUCGUCAUUUUCAGCGAGCCGCUGGAUAAAAAAAAGGGCUUCUCCAUGCCAGGAUUCCUGUUCAAGAACAGUAUCAAGGUGAGCUGCCUUUGCCUGGAGGAAAACGUGGAAAAUGAUCCCUGUAAGUUCGCUCUGACAUCAAGGACGGGUGAUGUGGUAGAGACCUUCAUCCUGCACUCAUCCAGUCCAAGUGUCCGGCAGACAUGGAUCCAUGAAAUCAACCAGAUUUUAGAAAACCAGCGCAAUUUUUUAAACGCCUUGACAUCACCCAUAGAAUAUCAGAGGAACCACAGCGGGGGCGGCGGCGGCGGCGGCGGCGGGGGCAGCAGCGGGGCCCCCAGCGGCGGGGGCGGCGGCAGCAACCACGGCGGCGGCGGGGGUGGCCCCGGCGGCGGCGGCAGCGGCAGCUCCAGCAGAAGCAGACCCUCCCGGAUCCCCCAGCCCGUCAGACACCACUCCCCCGUGCUGGUCUCCUCUGCAGCCUCGAGCCAGGCAGAGGCAGACAAGAUGUCAGGUACGUGCACCCCGGGCCCGCCACCGCCUCCUCCCAGCCGCAGCCCCGCCCCGGAGGCCGGCACAGGCCCGCCCGGCAGGGCGCCUCCCGGCAGCGAGCCCGACGGUCCCGAGCGAGACGCCGAGCCGAUCCCCAAGAUGAAGGUGCUGGAGAGCCCCCGGAAGUCGUCUGGGGGCGCGCCGCCACAGGACGGAGCCGCCAAGGAGGCACCGCGGAGCGGCCCGGGCCCCCUGCCGCUGGGCAAGGCCAGGCCCGGGGCCCCCUCGCCCCUGCACUCGCCUCUGGCCGCCGCCGCCGCGUCCCCCUCUCCGUUCGGCAAGGAGCCCUUGCCCCCCAGCAGCCCCCUGCAGAAGGGGGGCUCCUUCUGGAGCUCCGUGCCCGCCUCCCCCGCCAGCCGGCCCGGCUCCUUCACCUUCCCGGGGGACAGCGACUCCCUGCAGCGGCAGGCGCGGCGCCACGGGGCCCCCGGCAAGGACGCGGACCGCAUGAGCACGUGCUCCUCGGCCAGCGAGCAGUCCGUGCAGUCCACCCAGAGCAACGGGAGUGAAAGCAGCAGCAGCAGCAGCAUCUCCACCAUGUUGGUGACACACGACUACACGGCAGUGAAGGAGGAUGAGAUAAACGUCUAUCAAGGAGAGGUCGUUCAAAUUCUGGCCAGCAAUCAACAGAACAUGUUUCUGGUGUUCCGAGCCGCCACUGACCAGUGCCCCGCAGCCGAGGGCUGGAUUCCGGGCUUCGUCCUGGGGCACACCAGCGCAGUCAUCAUGGAGAACCCUGACGGGACUCUCAAGAAGUCAACAUCUUGGCACACAGCACUCCGCUUAAGGAAAAAAUCUGAGAAAAAAGAUAAAGACGGCAAACGGGAAGGCAAGUUAGAGAACGGUUACCGGAAGUCUCGGGAAGGACUGAGCAACAAGGUAUCUGUGAAGCUUCUCAAUCCCAACUACAUAUAUGACGUUCCCCCAGAAUUCGUCAUCCCCUUGAGUGAGGUCACGUGUGAGGCAGGCGAGACCGUUGUUCUUCGAUGUCGGGUUUGCGGCCGCCCCAAGGCCUCCAUCACCUGGAAGGGCCCUGAACACAACACCUUGAGCAACGACGGUCACUACAGCAUCUCCUACAGCGACUUGGGAGAGGCCGCUCUGAAGAUCGUGGGUGUGACCACUGAGGACGACGGCAUCUACACGUGCAUCGCGGUGAACGACAUGGGGUCAGCCUCGUCUUCGGCCAGCCUGAGGGUUCUAGGUCCAGGGAGUGACGGCAUCGUGGUGACCUGGAAGGACAACUUUGACUGCUUCUACAGUGAGGUGGCCGAGCUUGGCAGGGGCAGAUUCUCUGUCGUGAAGAAAUGUGAUCAGAAAGGCACCAAACGAGCCGUGGCCACUAAGUUUGUGAACAAGAAGCUGAUGAAGCGCGACCAGGUCACCCACGAGCUUGGGAUCCUGCAAAACCUCCAGCACCCACUGCUGGUGGGCCUCCUGGACACCUUCGAGACCCCCACCAGCUACGUGCUGGUCCUGGAGAUGGCCGACCAGGGACGGCUUCUGGACUGCGUGGUGCGGUGGGGGAACCUCACGGAGGGGAAGAUCCGGGCGUACCUGGGGGAGGUUCUGGAAGCCGUGCGAUACCUUCACAACUGCAGGAUAGCGCACCUGGACCUAAAGCCCGAGAACAUCCUCGUGGAUCAGAGCUCAGCCAAGCCGACCAUCAAGCUGGCCGACUUCGGAGAUGCCGUCCAACUCAACACGACCUACCAUAUCCACCCGUUGCUGGGGAACCCUGAGUUCGCAGCCCCCGAGAUCAUCCUGGGGAACCCGGUCUCCCUGACCUCGGACACAUGGAGCGUGGGCGUGCUGGCCUACGUGCUUCUCAGCGGCGUGUCUCCCUUCCUGGACGACAGCGUGGAAGAGACCUGCCUCAACAUUUGCCGCCUGGACUUCAGCUUCCCAGAGGACUACUUCCAAGGAGUGAGCCAGAGGGCCAAGGACUUCGUGUGCUUCCUACUGCACGAGGACCCCGCCAAGCGCCCCUCGGCUGCGUCGGCCCUCCAGGAGCGGUGGCUGCAGGCGGGCCACGGCCACGGCAAAGGCGCGGGCGUCCUCGACACGUCCAGACUGACCUCCUUCAUUGAGCGGCGCAAACACCAGAACGACGUUCGACCUAUCCGUAGCAUGAAAAACUUCUUACAGAGCAGGCUUCUGCCUCGAGUUUGACCUGUCUUGAAGUCCUUUCUCAUUCUCUUUCACCUGCCAAUCAGCCGUUAAAUCUGACUUUGUUUUUUUUUUUUUUUUGGAAGAGAAAACAACAAACCAACGACGAUGUAAGCAGUCCGCUGCCCGAUUGUCCCGUCGUGUGACACCGCGUGCGUCCCGAGCGAGCCGUGCCCUGCAGCUGCCUGGGACUCGGGCCACAAGCCCUGUGGGGUGUGGGGGGUGGAGGCCUUCUGGAACACUCUGUGAGAGCGGAGACAGCGUUGCUGGGUCACAGUCUUUUAUUCAGGUUUCUGCAAAAAAAAAAAAAAAAAAGAAACUUUUUUAAAUGAACACAAAUAGCAUUUU